AUGAGCGACCAAGCUUACGAACAGAGAAUAGCGUCUGCAAUAAAUGAGAUAAAAUCCAAAAUCAGAAAUUCACAAGGUCUAUCAUUAGACCUUGGUGACAUUCUUGAUGAUCAAAGCUUAAGAGCUGAUGUUGUUUUAGAUAUGAAACGAGAAGCAUGUAAUGAGAGAGAAAGAAAUGGCCCAAAUCCCACCGACCUCGCAUCGCUGCUAUGGAAGCUCUUUCUCAACUUGCCUGCGCCAGAUCCUCCAAAGAAAUCUCUCUACGUGGAUUAUGUGCCUACCACACUUCCCAAAGGUUCAAUUAGUGCUGCUAUUUACAGCUACUACGGUGAGUUUUCGGUUGAUUGGCAACCCUUUCCUGAUGAUUUUUUUGAUAAUUUGAUAGAAAAAUUUUCAUCAUACUGCAAUCAAAAUGUAGCAUCGUCGAUUUUUCAUCAGGGGAGUGUUCGUGAAGUCGAUGAUAUUUACGCGGACUUAUUCUCUGACACUCGAGGGAAGUCAUGGACUGACAAUAAGUUUACUGAGAGCACUGUUUCACUUAAGUUUGAUGCAUUGAUGUCAAAUAAACUUAAGCUUAUCCUUGGUAGUUUUAACGAAAAGGUUUAUUUUUGGACUGAAGUAUCCGUGAAGGGACCAGAAAAUUUUUCACUACGUCCGGAUAUCUCAGUUUUCCCUGUCUUCAAUGGAGUCCAAGGUGAAGCAUGCAUGUUUUUUGAACUAAAGAAGUACGGGCUACAGAAACACAUUCGUAAUGAUGUUCUUACAGAUCUGUCGCUAGUUCGCCAGGUGGUUGUUAAUAUGUUGAACAGUACUAAUGAUGUUUGUGUGCUUACCGAUUACUUUGUUCAUAUUAUUUUCAUGCUAGCAGAUCCUGAUCAGGACGCUUUGAAAAAAGGAAAGGAGCCGAACUCCGCAAAGCGGAAAGAACUUCAAGAGAUGAAUGACAGAAUAGCAGAAAUCGAAGCACUUCUUAACGAAACCAAUGGUCACAAAUUCAAGGUAUUCAAUUCAAGAAGAAGGUAUUUAGAAAAGGAAAAAGAGGGGCUUGAAAAAAAGGCUGGGGCCCUCAAGCAACAACUUAUGGAAGUUCCAAUCCCUAUUUUCUACAAGAUUGUAGAAAAUUCAAAUAAGACAAUCAAUUUGAUUUUGGGAAGUUUGAUACACCACUGUGUGAAUUACACUGCUGAUCAAAAAAAUAGUGCAAGAGAUAAGUCCGAAAAAUACAAGCUGAUAUUCAUGAAGAAGAACGGCUCGGCACAAAAUGUCAAGAACAGAAAUUCAAGGUUCCCCUUCGGAGUAACUAUUAGAUCAAUAGGAUCUGCGGGUGAAACAAUUUCCGGAAAUACUCGUGGUCAUUACGCCAGUGAUAUCAAGGAGUUACAAGAUGGUAGCUCCCACUUGUCGUUUGUGGCAUCUAUAAACACCGCUGCUUGCCAGAAAAUUUUCCCACAGUUGCCUAAGAUAAAAACCAGGAGUGAGAAAAUUAUCAUAAAAGUGUAUGACGCGGAUUUUCUACUGCAGUAUGCCAGAACUCGAGAAAUUAGAAAACUAGGGUUUUCUUAUGAAGAUAUUUUGAGCAUUGCUGCUGAGCAAUACACCAACGAGGUUUGCUCAUAUAGGCAGAUUGAAGCCUACAAUAACAAUUGCAAGUCACAAGCCAAUACUAUUUUUAGCCCAAAAAUUGUGUUUUGUGGCACACGGGUUAGCUUGUUCGACAAGGCCUCCAUCAAGUUUGGUGGACCUGCAAUAUUUAUGACAGAGAUUCCUGGAGGCGGUAAAAUCACCGAGAAACUGAUGGAGUUUGGAAUUAAUCAAUUGAAGUUAUUGUCGGGUUUAGGUAUCAAUCACGGUGAUAUUAAAAGAGAAAAUUUCAUUGUUACUCCAGACGAAAGAGUUGCUUGGAUAGACUAUGGUAUGGUGAAUGAAUCUUCAACUUUGGAAGGAAAUAUCCAAAAAUUUGUCGAGAUAUGCAAUGAGUACAUAUGA